AUGUUUGUCAUCUCACUCCUGCAGGACGCCGUUUCUGUCCUUCCUGAAGACCAACUGAAAAAUCAGGAAGAAGUUUUGAGGCGGGCCAUCGAGGAGAAGUACCUCAACAAGGUCGUCGCGGACUGCGGACUGGCUGUCGCCUUAUACGAACUCCGGCGCAUUCAGAGCGCGACGAUUCGAUCCGGAGACGGCAGCGCACGGUACAAAGUCGAUUUCGCGCUCGUCUUCUUCCGCCCUUUCCAGGGGGAGAUCCUCGAGGGCGUCCUCACGCACUCCGACAGCCACGGCCUGAGACUCUCCCUCGGCUUUUUCGAUGACGUCUUCAUCCCGGCCUCUGCGCUGCGAGAGCCGCGCGGCUUCAACGCAGUCUCCUCGCGCUGGUGCUGGAACUUCGAGGGUCAUGAACUCGAGUACGCGCCGCUGCAGCACGCCAUUCGCUUCCGCGUCCAAGAAAUCCGAUUCGACGGCGGCAGCGUCGACGGCCAAAGUGCAGGCGCGUCUGAGCUCCUCGUGGGCGGUGACCGCGCGGACGCUCGUUCCGCUCCGAUGGUGGUUUUGGGCGCGGUCGAUGAAGACGGGCUCGGGAUGAAGGUCUGGUGGCAGUAA